GUUGAAGUUGAAGUUUACCGCAGAGAUUCUAAGAAGCUUCCUGGCCUGGGAGACCCUGACAUUGACUGGGAAGAGAGUGUCUACCUGAACCUCAUCCUACAGAAGCUGGAUUAUGUGGUGACAUGUGCUGUGUGCACACGCUCUGAUGGAGGAGACAUUCACAUUCACAAAAAGAAAUCUCAGCAAGUGUUUGCAUCUCCUAGCAAACACCCAAUGGACAGCAAAGGAGAGGAGUCCAAGAUCAGCUACCCCAACAUAUUCUUCAUGAUUGACAGUUUUGAAGAGGUUUUCAGUGACAUGACUGUGGGAGAAGGGGAGAUGGUCUGUGUGGAGCUGGUGGCCAGUGACAAAAGCAACACCUUCCAAGGGGUGAUUUUUCAGGGGUCCAUCCGCUAUGAAGCACUCAAGAAAGUCUAUGACAACAGGGUGAGUGUUGCAGCUAAGAUGGCUCAAAGGAUGUCUUUUGGCUUUUAUAAGUACAACAACAUGGAGUUUGUCCGAAUGAAAGGGCCACAGGGGAAAGGACAUGCAGAGAUGGCAGUGAGCAGAGUUUCCACUGGUGACACUUCACCCUAUGGGACAGAGGAAGAUUCCAAUCCGGACUCCCCAGUGCAUGAGAGAGUCACUUCUUUCAGCACUCCGCCGACCCCGGAGCGCAACAACCGCCCGUCCUUUUUCUCCCCAUCCCUCAAGAGAAAAGUGCCCCGAAAUCGCAUUGCUGAGAUGAAGAAAUCCCACUCAGCAAAUGACAGUGAGGAGUUCUUCAGAGAUGAUGAUGGUGGAGAUCUGCACAACACCACAAACCUGAGGUCACGCUCUCUGUCAGGAACAGGACGUUCCCUGGUGGGCUCCUGGCUGAAGCUGAACAGGACAGAUGAAAACUUUCUACUCUAUGCACACUUAACUUACGUCACUUUGCCACUGCAUCGAAUUUUAACAGAUAUCCUGGAAGUGCGGCAGAAACCAAUUCUGAUGACAUAGCAGAGAGCGCGGGCACUGCCUUGGAGCCUUGUUGCCAAGUGCCUAACCACAGCGGUUUUCUGUGCUAACACUACCACCUAGUGUCAGGAACACAAACCUCCGCAGGAAAAAGGGAAGCCCGAGAAUACCAGCCGAACAAAAGUGCCUCUUUCUUCCUUCCUCUGCUGUCACACGCCGUACCGCCCGCUUGCAGUCCAUCGCCGGAGGGUUCCUGACUGGAAGAGGACUUUGAGCAAGGGAAAAUGAGAAGGGGCCGUGUUUAAAACAAGUCAACGCUUUAUG